UGUCAGGAUGUGGCGGUCUAUUUCUCCAUGGAGGAGUUUAAGUAUAUGAAAGGACACAAGGAUCUGUACAAGGAGGCCACGAUGGAGGCUCCCCGGCCUCUGAUAUCACCAGAAAAUCCCAGUAAUAUCUCUGAGGGAAACUUCAUGUUAUCAAUAGAUUUUAAAGUAGAAGAUGAAGAUAUUGGGCGGCACUCUUCAGGAGAAGACCUCAUUACCCAUAAUGUACAUCCAGGACAUUACAGUACAGAUCUAUACUAUAAUCUCCCUAAUCAUGAGCCUGACCGAUCACAGAUUGUUACCACAAGUACCGGGCAGAAGGCUGGUAAAAGGUUUCAAUGUGGGGAAUGUGGAAAAGAGUAUACAAACAGCUCAAAUCUACAUAAACACAGGAAAAGUCACACUGGAGAGAGGCCGUAUCCAUGUUCAGAAUGUGGGAAAAGUUUUAUUACUAAUAACAUGCUCAAGGUCCAUCAGAGAAUUCACACAGGAGAGAAACCAUAUUCAUGUUCAGAGUGUGGGAAAUGUUUUACAGAUAAAUCAGGUCUUGUUGUGCAUCAGCGACAUCACACAGGAGAGAAGCCGUAUUCAUGUUCUGAAUGUGGGAAACGUUUUACAUACAAAGCAAGUCUUCUUCGACAUCAGAGAACUCACACAGGAGAGAAGCCGUAUUCAUGUUCAGAAUGUGGGAAAUGUUUUAUGUAUGAAUCGCAAGUUGUGAAGCAUGAGAGAAUUCACACAGGAGAGAAGCCAUUUUCAUGUCCAGAAUGUGGAAAAAGUUUUAUUACUAAAAACAAACUCCAGGUUCAUCAGAGACGUCACACAGGAGAGAAACCAUAUUCAUGUUCAGAAUGUCGUAAAUGUUUUAUUUCUAAAGACAACCUCAACCUUCAUCAGAGAUAUCACACAGGGAAGAAGCCAUAUUCCUGUUCAAUAUGUGAGAAAUGUUUUGCAUAUAAUUCACAGCUUGUGAAGCAUGAGCGAAUUCACACAGGAGAGAAGCCAUAUUCAUGUUCAAAAUGUGGGAAAUGUUUUAUAGAUAAGUCACAUCUUAUUAGACAUGAGAAAAGUCACACGGGAGAGAAGCCAUUUUCAUGCUUAGAAGGUGGUGAACGUUUUACACAAAAGUCAAGUCUUGAUACACAUGACGGAUUUCACACAGGGGAGAAGCCAUUUUAAUGCUUCUUAUGUGGAAAAUAUCAUUUUGAAACUCACCAGACUAUUCUCACAGAGGAGACCGUAUUCUUGUUUGGAAUGUGGGACAUGUUAUAAGAGCAAAAAAUGAUUAU